ACAGAAUUUCAUAGGUACUUUUCUAUAAGUAACGAUAAACUGAUGCCGACGUCCUUAUUGCAAAAACUAGUGUGAAAUUAGUACUAGCUAUAUUUUAGCUAGUAUUCUUUGAAGUUGUACUUCUAUAACGAAAUUACGAUUACGGGACAAUUUAUAUGGUACUUACCUAAUAAUUCAAAUGUCAGUUUCUUUUAAUUUUCUAUACAAAAGUAGGUGUUUUAUUCUAUUUCGCCAAUUCGUUAAUGUUGGCUAAUGCAUGUUUGGUAAUGUGGUGGCCGUAAUAACUUUAUCGAAUCUGUUUGGUACCUAAUAAUUAUAACAAUUGGUGCCAUAGCAGAUUUAGGUAAGUAGGUACCUAUCUAUACUUAACGUUUUCACAGGCACCUAAAUGUAGGUCCAAUACCUAACUUUUAUAUGAAACCCCAGACUUGAAGUUUAACAGCGUUACGCGGCAUCUCGGUAACUGCGGGCGCCGGCACCGGCACCAGUGAGAGACGCGCCGCGGAGCGCUGCGCAUGGCUGCCACCACCAGCCACACUAUGUUCCUCAAUCCACACCACACAGAACAUAACAAACUGUGCCAAACUUUGUGUUAACCUAAUCUUAUAACAGUAGUUUGAAAGUGAAAGUGCCGCCUGAUCUCCGUAAGUUUAUUAUCAUCAUUUCAUCAUCUUCAAUUUCUUCACGGAAUCUCUACUUAAAAGAAAAUGGAUUACGAUAACUACGAUGGAAAGCUGACAACGGCGGAGCCAGGCGUGUCGAUGACAGCGCUGGAGGAGGAGAUCCCCUCGCUGACGGUGGCGUCCAUCAUCGGCGUGGCGCUCGUGGUGCUCGUCGCCAUCGCCAUCGUCUUCGUGCUCGGAGUCCUCAUUGACUGCCGACAACAACGACUACUAGAUGAAAAAAUGGGCAAGAUGAAACGUGCCAGGAGCUUGCGGGGCAGGCGUGCGCCUGAGCAAGACGCCGACGACGCCAGCAUCGUCAACAACGAGGAGACCCCGCCCACCAGCCUGCCGCCCGCUGCCGUGCUUAGAGAUGUGCCAUGAUUACACUGACUUUACGUAUUGGAUUUUACCGUGACUUUAAUGUCCAAACUAUAUUCUCAGAAUAAAUAGUCUACAAAAUGAAUGAUCGAGGAAAACUUUUUACAAAAAAAAAUCAUCGAGUAAAUACGUGCCUGCGUAAAGAAAGACAAUAUUCCAAAUAGUAUAAUUAUUUAUUUUAGUGAAUUUCUUAUAUGAUUGAUGAACUAGGUGUUGUCAUAAGAUGCUGGUAGAAAUACACACUAAAUGAAUAAAGUGACUGCUAUAUUUUGUAUAAAUAAUUAUAUAAUGCUACCUGUAAAUCAGUUUUUAUCAGGGAUCGGAUAUCCGGCUGCAUACCUAUUUAUCGAGAAUUGUCUAGACAGUAAAGACUAAUGGUAAUAUUUAUGAACAUCUGUUGACUGACAAGCUGUUGAUAAUCGUUUGUCCUUAUUCCUUGUCCAUCAUUUUGACAGAAAAUUUAGCAGUAGUGGCGUUGGCGAACCAAAAUUCAAUUAAUUAGGGAGUAGAGUCAGACCAAGAUAACUCUGCAGCGAUUUUUAUAGCACAGUCAUGCACGUGUUGUUUAAACGUCAUAAUUUCAUAGAAGUUUGACUUUUAAAAUAACACUUGCACGAAUGCACUUCUGUGCUAUAAAAAUCGCUGUAGAGUUAUCUUGGUCUGACUGUAGUUAAUAUUGGAGGCGGCUUUUUAACUUAAGUACCUAUACAAAUUAUGUUUGCCCCGAUAUUCCAGGCUCGCUAAAAUGGUAUGAGAAUGUGAUACUUGGCAGAUAUACUUAGUUUAUACUUAUAGUUUUAAAUAUGCAUUGCGUAUCAUAGUUGUAGUAGAUAAGGAUAGUUUUCCGUCUGUCCAAUAUCUUGGCCGAAUGUGUAUUUGAGUCUCACAUUUUGCUUAAUGAGAAAGUGAGACGCAAUGCACAUUGGACAAACAAAGUAAAGACAGGUGGAAUACCAUCCUAAUACAAAUAUGGUAAUCCGCAAAUUUUUAUGAAUGGUAUCCACAGAUUUACUUAAUAUAUACGUUAGAUGACGCAAAUACCGCGAUUUGUAUUGAAACCAAGCGUGCCGACUUUUUCAUACAAAAUUAACGCAUAAUAUAAUUUUAGAAUUACUUAUCUGUGAUAGGAAAUAUGUUCUUGCCUUUGGGGCUCGCAAUUUUUGGGCUGUUGCAGUUAAUUAUCACGCAACGAAGCAUUUUUUAAGUAUUUACGGACGUCCGGCUGCAACAACCGGCGGCGUGGACUGUAAAGAGCGACGGCCAACCUCGACGAUUAGUCGGGGUUCGGACACGCGAAGUAGAUGCAUUUGCGUCUUCUAUGGUAUAUUUAUUAUUUCCGUGAUGGUAUCAGUCGAUCAGGUUUGUUUUGAGGAUUAAAUGUCUGUAUGGGACCCAUUGUCUUAAAGCAAUACAUAAGUCACAAAUGAUGGUCAAAGUGACGAAACGAUUCUAACAAAUUGGCAUUACAUCGUGACGUCAGCAUGUAACGUCGCUGUUGCUUAGACGCCGUGGAAAACAAGAAAAUUACGAUUUUAUCGGUGAAAUUAUGUGUUUAUAUAUAUUGUUGCUUUACAAAAUAUUUUUAAUAAAAUGUAAGGAAUCGAAUGGUACCAUUAUUUUUUUCUAUUUGGAAGUUAAUUUUUUUUAAACUGAAGUCUUGUAUUUAUUAAUUAUUCCCAUAUAUUUUUUAAGUUUCCAAUUUAUUGUGAUAAAUUGCUCAUUUUCUAUCUACAUAUUUAACUAGAUUUAGUUAUAAAAUUCAACAUGUAUA